AUGGGAUCGAGAGGAGAAGCCGCGCUGCUCCAACGGCAGGGCCAGAAUCUAUACGGCCAAGGCAAUUGGGACGGUGCAAUUAGCGCCUUUACAGAGGCACUAAAAUGUCCUGAUGUAGAUGCACUCUCGGUGCUUGACAAUCGAGCAGCAACAUACACCAAACUAGUGCGAUACGAUCAAGCUUUGAAGGAUGCUAGGCUUAUGAUCAAGCGGGACAAACAAGAUGAGCGAGGCUACCUGCGCUGUGCUAAAGCACUGCUGUUGGACGGAAAGCCUGAAAAGGCCCUCGAAGUCUAUGCAUACGCGCUGAAGACUUUACCAAAGGAUAAUUCAAGACGACAGGUUGUGGAGCAAAUGCAUACGAAGCUUCACGAGAAGUUGGUAUCAAAAUGCUAUGAUCCGUUCAGUGUAUUCCCGCUAGAAAUAGCGAGAAUGGUUGUGGAUCAUUAUGAUUUUAGACAAAUUGUUGCUAUUCUACGAGUCUCGAAGGGAUGGGAUCGAUUUCUCUCCUCUUUGCCCGACUUGUUCAUGCGCAUCGACUUUACCGGAGCCCGCAGCAAAAUUCAUUGGUCUUCCGUCCUGGCGUAUAUCCGACGUUCAAAAGCAAUGCUCACCCAUGCCAUUGUGACCAACGUCACUAAAGCCUCUAUCCACAGAAGUCUCGAAUACAUCAGCCGAUGUCCAAACCUCCAACACCUCGAGAUUCUAUCUCCAUCCUCCCCAGAGGCCAUUCACGACCUCUUCAAAGGCUCCAAGAAUCUCAAGACGCUUCUAGUAUCCUCGCAAACCACGAUACCCCAAGCAACGCUCACGAAACUCCUAUCCACUCUCCCUAGACUCGAACGAAUUGAGAUUCACAGCGCUUCGAAAUCACGCACAGCCGACACAAACUGGCCGCCAUCCCUACCUAAUCUACAAAGCAUCACCCUCGGAACCACUGAGUCUGGUGUGAUCGAAAACUACGUUCCAGCCCUCUACAUUCCCCGCCUCAUAGACCCUUCAAUGCCACUCCCCAUAUCAAACCUCAGUGAACUACGUCUGCAUUCCGACCCACAAAUAUUCGUCCCUUACCCGCCUUCAUUUAACCCAGCGGACUUCCCACAUCUCAAAAAGCUUGAUAUCAGCGGCCUCUACAUUGGCGGCUCUUUUGGUCUCCCAUCUACCCUCGAGUUUCUCCGCAUUCGCGGUGGCGCAGCACUCGAAGCUCUCCCAUUCGCUACAGUCGAUGAAAACUCCGAAGACCCCCAGCCUCAAUCUCUUGACCUUCCGAAUCUAACGACACUCAUCUUCAGCGAUGUUCCGUGGGUCACGCACCUUACGCUGCAGGCCUUUGUGACGGAGGCGAAAGUGCCUCUGGACGUAUUACACGUGGAUAGCUGUUUUCGUAUCACGGCCGCGUCUCUCUUUCCAAUACUCCGGGCUGGAUCGCAUCUGCAUACGCUGAAUGUUGCGCAUAUUAUGGGGAUUGAAGAUUCCACGGUUGCAGUUUUUGUUGACGCGUUGAAGACCUUGAAAGUGCUUAAUCUAUCAUUUACUGAGAUCACGGGCGUUACUAUCAAAGCGCUUGUGGACACUCAGACGGCAGAUGAUAAGGCGAGUGUGGAGUGCGUCUAUGUCAGGGGAUGUGAGAGGGUCUCGUCGGAUGCUAUCGAGUAUGGACGGUCUCAUGGCUUGGUCGUUGUUACUUAG